AUGGAUCACGAAAAAGGCCUUGUUUUACAUCACGUAUCUCUUGCCGAUAACUAUAACCUUGACAAAACUGGCGAUUUUUUGACGCAGUUACACCUCGCAACUGGUUUAACAGAAGAUCAAGUGGCUAACGCGGAAGUGCUCAAGAACUUGAACUUGCAGGAUGAAGAUGCAACGAUCAAGCAAUUUGUGUUUCAAGGACAGUGCAUGAUUCUAGGAGACUCAGGAGCUGGUAAAACAAGCCUUGUUAACUCACUCACAGGAAAACCGUUCGAUCCCAGCCAAACCAAGACUCGGAAAAUGGAACAAAGACUGGUGGACGAAGACUGGAAAAACUUGGGCUUGAAGGACCUAUUGCUUGGUAAUCUGUGGUGGUUUCGCGAAAGGAUCAGUGUACAGCUGACUUUGUAUAGGCCAACAAAUUCCCAAAACAUUGUCCUUCGGAGCUUGACUUACUGGAGAAACGAAUUUGUAUUUCCAGUUACGGCAUUUAUAGUCUAUUUCCUGCUCUCUAUUGUUUUUGAUCCUUUCGUAUCUCCAUUAGUCCUCCUGCUAUUUUUAUAUAUUAUUGUUUUUUUAUACCUUUUAAACUACAAUCACACCUUUAGGUUAAUAGUAACGACAGUUGCCUUCACUCUCAGGCUUCGUGGAUUGCUGAUAGGUGCUUUCUUAGCAUUAAUUCUAAUAUUCUAUCAUUAUGAAAUGAUUACUCUUAUAAAUGCCUAUGGCUAUCUUUUGAUUGCACUAUUUUCAGGGGCACCCAACGGCAAUUUUCGGGAAAAUAUCUGUUCGGAAGACGAUUUGAGAUCUACAAUUUUCGGAACAUUUGUUGUAAAAUUUCUUGCUCGCCUGCCUCUCCUAGGAUUUUCGAACAUCUACAAAAUGGUAUAAUUACCCAUUUUUAACGGAUUUUGACCCUAAAAAGGGCCACCUAGAAUUUUCGGGAGCCUUUUCCUGGCUGAAAUUUUCGAGAAGGUAAGUUUUUAUCCCUAUCAUUUUCGGAUCACUAGACUUUCAGCUAGGAAAUCCGAACAGAUGAAAAGUUUUUAGGGGAUAAAAAUAUGCCUAUAUCUACCGUUUGAAUACUAAAAUACGUUCAACAAUGCUAUGUUAAGUGGUUUUGAACUAUAUCCUCGUUGGGUGCCCCUGUAUUUUGGGGCCUUACGAGUGUAUACAUCCUUUUAA